AUGGAAGCUUCUUCACAAAAAUACUUGGAGGUUUUGCAGGCCAGUAAGAUCCAACCACGCAAGGGCAAUGGAACAAAGUGGGUAUCAAGCGUCUAUGGCUCAGGCGAACCGCGGAUGGCCGAACUGAAGGCCUCAUACUGGAAGGAAAACAUGGUCAAGCCGGUUCUUUUCUAUGAGGCUCUGACCUCAGCGCUUACUCAAGCUCCCAACGAAGACCCUUUUGACUGCGUCAUUGAGGUCGGCCCACGUCCGUCACUCACAAGCCAUGUUAAGGCGAUUAUGGAUGAGAUGAAGAUUCCCUUCCUGCCGUACUCAGGCUUACUCAACCGCCAAAAGGAUGACCGCGAGGCCUUCUCCGAUUUUCUUGGCUGGAUGUGGACUUUGUUCUCUGGUGCUACAGACCAUAUUCGGCAGUUUGCAGUCUCCUCAGCCCGGCCUGAUCUUGUUCAUCAUCGGCUGCUUGACCCACCUGCCUACCCAUGGGACCACUCCCAGAUUUUCUAUCGGGAGUCACGCAUCUCACGUCAAUACCACUUCAAAACACAACAACCUCAUGAACUCCUGGGCGUCCGCACGCGUGACGAUAACAAGUUCACGCUCCGCUGGCGCAACAUGCUCAAGUACGAGCAUCUGCCAUGGGUGAAGCAUCACAGCUUUCAAGGUCAGGCUCUUCUUCCAGCCUCAGCCUACCUCAUCAUGGCCCUGGAUGCUGCCAAGGUUGUGCUCAAUAGCCGCAAUGCAUCCAUUGUUGAGCUGCAUAACCUCAAGUUCUCUUCUGGGAUCGUUCUCGAGCCCGACGCCGACGUCGAAGUUCUCUUUUCGCUCACAGUCGAGCAUGAAUCAUUUGAGGAGAUCAAGGCAUCUUUCACGCUGACGUCGACUCAGGCAAACGGGAACAUCGACAUGAAGAAGAACUUCACUGGCUCCAUGACCGUCAUCCUUGAGGAGCCAAGUGCUGAUGUGUUCCCACGCCGGGCGCAGGGGCAACCGGAAACUGUACGGGCUAGCGAACAGGGCUUUUACAAGAUGAUGGCUGAAACGGGCCUCUUCUACACCGGCCCGUUCAAGGGCUUGCAGGAGCUGAGGCGCCGUUUCAAUUUUUCGACCGCUGUUGUGAAGAGACAUCACGAAGAGGAUACCACAUCUCUUCGAAUUAGUCCUGCGACAUUGGAUACUUGCCUUCAGACGGCAUUUGUCACAAUUUCCUCACCAGGAGACAACUCUAUCUGGACCUCGUUCUUGCCCGUCGAUAUCGAGUCAGUUCGUUUCAACCUGGCGAUUUGCGAGAGGCAAAAUAUCCAUGACUUCCUCUAUGUCGACGCUUACCUCACAAAGGAGAGCCCGAUCACAGAAAACACAGGAGCUUCUUUCACUGCCGACAUUGAGAUCUACAACGAGAGUGGCGAAAUGGAAAUUCAAAUCCAAGGGCUCACAGUAGGUUCCUGGGGCACGACAAAGCCCGAGCAAGACCACGAGCUCUACCUUACCACCACCUUCGAGCUCGACUGCGACUUCGAGAUCGUGUCGUCAAGGCAAUUCACUGAUCCAUGCCCCCACGCGUGCAAGCUGCUGCUCGACAGCUGCUUCCGUGUGGCUGCCUUCUACGCCCGCCAAGCUCUUGGUGGGCUGGACAAGACCCAUCUACCUUCGGUGCUCCGGUUGUAUCAAGACACGGAAGAAUCAAUCAAGAAAUUUGUCAACAACUCUCCCUACUCUACAAUCCUCAACCUUGUCUCUCAUAUGGACUAUGGCCAGCUCGAAGUAUUUGACGCUGAGCUGUCACACUUCAUUAGAGAAGUUGUUCACAUUGUCGCCCUUCAGCAGCACUUGACUCGGAUCAUCAAGCAGAUCGCCCACAAGUAUGCGCGGCUGAAUGUUUUGGCCUUGACGGACCCUAGCCUGUCGCUCACUCAGCAUAUUUUGGAUGGGUUGGGCGAUUCAUUCAUGUCCUAUCAUCUAGGAACGAAGCCAGAAGAGAAGCUGGCUGACCGCCGCCCAUUCUGCGACAUGUUGGGGAAGAAGAUAAAGGUGGCUAAGUUCGACCUCUACUCGCUUUUGGGCGAGCAGGACACGGUCACUUACGAUCUCGCCAUCCUCACCACAUCGGUUUCCAAGCCCCAUGUUGCAACCACGGCGCUUGACACACUCAAGAGAGUCAUGCGUCCAGGAGGCUUCUUGGUUCUUGUCCACGUCCCAGACGACCUUAUCAAUCUCCUUGAGGGACGUUUUUGGGUAAGGUACAGGAAUGGGGAUUUGCACUGGCCGGAGACACCCAGCUGGGAGGACUGGUUCGUCGCUCUCCAGGCCUGCGGGUUCUCAGAGACGAUCAAAAACUCCACACAAGUAUCUAGUAAAGGGCUCGCAAUCAUGAUCCGUCAUAACGAGGCAGAGAGCAAGAAAGUACUGAUCCAACCGGCCUGUGAUCUCACCAGGCGCAAGACAGGCCGCUUGCUCAUUGUGGGUGGCAAGAAAGUGCAUACGACUCGCAUUGCAUGUCGCAUCGCGAGCGUGCUAACGGUGCACUUUGCUGAUAUUGACCACUUUGAUGAUUUCGACAGCGUUGUUGUGUCGAGUGAAGUCUCAGCUGUGAUCAUUCUUGCAGACAUGGACCAGCCGAUCAUCUCAACCAUGACAGAAAAGAGCAUGCAGGUAUUGAAGCAACUUUUUCGACCAAACAUGACGAUCAUUUGGGUUACCCAAGAUGCGCUCGUGCGCAACCCCGAGCACGCCGCAUCCUUUGGCUUUGCCAGGACGUUGGCUGCAGAAACGCCCGGAGUAUGUCUUCGGAUGAUCGACAUGGACAAUCAGAUGGACUAUGAGCAGGUGUGCGCCGCAGUUGGUAAUGAGAUCGUCUCAUGUUUGCUGCAACUCGAUUUCAAGUCGUUGGCCGAAGGAAACGCUUCGACACAGCCUAUGCUUUGGGUCACUGAGCCGGAGAUACAUUACCGUUCUGGUUGCCCAUGGAUUCCACGAGUGGUGCCCUGGAAAGAGGGCAAUGAGCGAGUCAAUGCCCCGCGGAGGGUUAUCGUCAAGGAGGUAAACACGCUCGAGAAGGUUGUCAGCAUCUCUCCUUCCGGUUCUAAGACCAACAAUAGGCUGUUCAGCGCCCACAUUGUGCGGGAUGUCAACAAGCAAGUCCCAUCUAUGUUGGUGGUCUUCGAGACCUUGUUCAGCACCGCUGAGCCCAUGACGCUAAAUAUUGGCAGGAAGGAGUUCUCUGCCUACAUGUGCCUGGUUAGGAAUCUGGCGGAUACCAGGCGCUGCCUCGUCUUCUCGACCACAAACUCCUCCCAUAUUGUCGUGUCAGCCGAUCCGAGACACAACGAAGUUGUUGCUUGGGCGGAGAUUCCCAUCGACAGAGCAAACUCUAACGACGAAGCUUGCUUUGCGUUGAUAGUACGCUACAUUGCAGCCGACGCCAUCAUGAAAAAAAUCAAGCGCAGUCAUGCCAUCAUUUUUGAGCCUGACAAGCUUCUUGCAGAGUGUCUGAAGGAGCUAACUGAUGGUCAAAAUGUUGAACUCACAGUUUGCAGCCAGGAUCCGGAAAUAGCGUCGUCUAAGAACUACGCUGUUCAUUAUGGGAUGUCUAGCAGACAAAUUCGGGUUCUGCUAUCGCCUGCAAGGGCUCAGCAUAUCACAGUCGUCAAUUUGUUGCCGGAAUCUCAUCCAUUCACCAAGAAGCUGAAGCAAGCUCUGCCUGCUGGCUGUACCUACUUUGGCCGAUCACAGCUCUUCGCAGACUUUGAGGGCCCCGAGAUGCUGGCGAAGAAGCUGGCUGAUGACGACGUCUCCGCAGCCAAAGUGGGGGGAAUCUGUAUCAAGGACUGGAAGUGGUUUGAAACUGUUGUUCACAAGGUGGAAGCCAUUAAGUCCGCGCCAACCUGGUCCGCACCUGUGUCUGUGCCUCAACUGCUGCAGUUAACUGCGACGACUCUCCCUCUUUUCAAAACCAUCAACUGGAAGGCCGAGUGCUUAAUUCCCUGCAUCGUCAAGCCCGUCAUUGGUACACAACUGCUGCGGCCUGACAGGACUUAUGUGAUAGUCGGAUUGACGAGAGACUUUGGCCAAAGCUUGUGUACGCUUUUCGUUCAGCAAGGUGCAAGGAACUUCGUCCUGUCGAGUCGCAACAUUCCCGAGAAGCUACCCAAUUGGGUUCACCACAUGCCCCAGGGUGUCAAGGUGGUCUUUGAGCGACUGGAUGUGACCGACCUCAAGCAAGUAAAGCAGUACAAGACGAAGCUCUUCUCUCACUACAAGCUGCCCCCUGUGGGCGGCGUCGUCAACGGCGCAAUGGUGCUCGACGACAGAGUUUUCUCCGAGAUGUCCAUUGAGACUUGGCAUCGCGUCCUGCGCCCCAAAACAGUUGGCUCCUACAACUUGCAUUCAGUCUUUAACGAGCCAGACAUGGAUUUCUUCAUUAUGACUUCGUCUUUUGCCGCGAUUGGUGGGCACGCCGGCCAAUCCAAUUAUUCAUCUGCCAACAUGUACAUGAACGGUCUCGCCGCUCUCCGCCGGUCUCAAGGCCUCCCUGGUUCGGUACUCAACAUUGGUGUCAUCUACGGCCUCGGCUUCUUGCAUCGCGAGAAGGAUGAGCUGUACCAGGGUCUUGAGCGCGAGGGGUACCCGCCCAUCUCGGAGCGCGACAUUCAUCAUAUGUUCCUUGAGGCCAUUGUCGCGGGCAAGCCGAUCCCCGGACAAGAUGUUGUCAAGUGCGAGCAAAUAUACGACAUUGUAACUGGCUUGCGCCGAUUUGACCCUGCCGAUCGGUACCUCCAUUGGCAUUUCGACCCGCGGUUUUCACACCUUUUCCGUGUGGCUGAAACGGAUGAAGAAUGUGUUUCUGGUGGUGUCGACGGCAAGGAACACCAACCAUCGUUGAAGGAGCUUGUAAAUAUGGCUUCGGACAAGCAAGAGGUGGUUAAGUUGUUGGUAGAUGGGAUUGUCACGCGUCUUCAGUGCCAGUUGCACCUUGCCGAGGGCAGCAUCUCGGGCGAUCAUACCAUUAGCGAGCUGGGUGUUGAUUCCCUUGCUGCGGUGGAGAUUCGUACUUGGAUCUGGAAGACCCUUGGGUAUGAUGUCGCCGUCAUGAAGUUGUUGAGUGGUGUCACGAUUCGGGCGUUGUGCAUGGAUAUUGCUGGUGCUGUGAUGAAGGCUAGGGAGGAGAUUCAGUAG